AGAGCACCGGUUCAUUAACUCUUCCAGCCCCCCUCCAAUGAAACCGCACCUCGUUCCCAAGAGCGCCAUCCACCAACACAGAAAAUGGUUGGGAAGUCCCUGAUUGCUGGUCUGGUGGUCCUUCUGGUGGCUGCAGUGAGCCUGUUCCUUGGGGUGUUCAUGGGCUUGGGGAAGAAAAACCCUCCUCCCCCCUCGGAUUACUUCUACUCAAAGGCUGCUGUGGCUGCUGAUGCUGGAAAGUGUUCAGAAGUGGGGAGGGACAUUCUGAAGAAAAAUGGUUCGGCUGUGGACGCCUCUAUCGCUGCCUUGCUGUGUGUCGGUCUUUUGAAUGCUCACAGCAUGGGCAUCGGAGGAGGGCUCUUCUUUGUCAUCUAUGAUGCCUCCACAGGGAAGGUGGAAACCAUCGAUGCGAGGGAGACGGCGCCCAUGAAUGCCACCGAAGACAUGUUUGGCAACAACACCAAGCUCUCUCGUACAGGUGGAUUGUCCAUAGCCAUUCCUGGGGAGAUCCGCGGGUACGAGAUGGCACACAAGAGGCAUGGCAGGCUGCCAUGGAAGGACCUGUUUGAGCCCAGCAUUGCCUUGGCUCGAGACGGCUUUCCUAUAGGAAAAGCUUUGGCUCAUGCCAUCUUCAAGAGCAAAGAUUCCAUUCAAGGAGACGCCAACAUGUGUGAGGUGUUUUGUGAUUCUCAAAAAAACAUACUCAAGGAAAACGAUAUUGUUAAAUUUCCAAAGCUGGCCGACACGUACCAAAGAAUAGCAGAAGAGGGGCCUGAUGUGUUUUAUAAUGGGUCAAUGGCACGGAGCAUCGUCGAGGACAUCCAGGCGGCAGGUGGCAUCAUCACCCUGGAUGAUUUGUUGGAGUACCAGCCUGUAUUGAACGAGAACCCUCUGAAGCUGAACGUGGGGGAAUACACCAUGCAUGUCCCAGACGCCCCCUCCAGUGGCCCUGUGCUGGCACUCAUACUCAACAUAGUGGAUGGCUACAACUUUUCAGACACAAGUGUCUCUACAGCAGAGAAAAAGACUCUGACAUACCAUCGAAUCGUAGAGGCUUUUCGUUUUGCUUAUGCCAAGAGGAGCAGACUCGGGGACCCACGUUAUCUCAAUAUUACCGAUCUCAUCCUAAACAUGACCUCAGACUACUUUGCUGAUGGCAUAAGGAGUAAAAUUACAGACGACACCACCCACCCGGACAGCUACUACGAGCCAGACUAUUUUGUCCCAGACAACCACGGGACGGCUCACCUGUCGGUCAUAGCUGAGGAUGGAAGUGCUGUGGCGGCCACCAGCACCAUUAAUCUAUACUUUGGUUCCAAAGUCAUGUCUCGAUCAACCGGAAUCAUUUUCAAUGAUGAAAUGGACGACUUCAGCUCUCCGUACAUGACCAAUGGGUUUGGAAUCCCUCCUUCACCAAACAAUUUCAUCCAACCAGGCAAGAGGCCGCUGUCUUCCAUGUGUCCCACUAUCAUCUUUGACAAAGAAAACAGAGUGAAAAUGGUUGUAGGAGCAUCCGGGGGCACAAAAAUCACCACAGCCACUGCCUUAGUCAUCCUGAACUCCUUGUUUUUCAACUAUGACCUAAAGAAAGCUGUGACAGAGCCACGAGUUCACAAUCAGCUCAACCCAAAUAUGACAGUAGUGGAGCAGGGCUUUGAAAAGAGUGUUCUGGAGGGUCUGGUCCAGAAGAACCAUGUAACACAGCUGCUGCCGACUCCAGACUCUGUGGUCCAAGCGGUGGUGCGGCAGGGAGAGCGUCUCUGUGCGGAGUCCGACCCCAGGAAAGGAGGCUAUCCAGCAGGAUACUGACUGCGACUUCGGGGCCUUCCCUGCUCCUCUGAGUCUGGACA